AUGGGCAAACCCGACGAGUCGUCAUCUUCGCAACACGACGAACGCACCUUUGAUGCCGCAAUACCCGGCGGAAGUGGCGCCGAGCCCUCCUCAUCGGUGCCACGUGGCACCGACGAGGAUCCGGGAAAAGAGGAAGACGAUGGGUGGGUCUACGAUUCGAACGAGGAGGAGGACGAUAUGAUACUGAUCCGUGGUGCUGACGUCAGCGGCCACGGAGCCGCACCGGAUCUGCCGGAGGGCAUGGAGGCGCUGAUGCGCGCCGCGGAGGAGGGCGACUCGGACGCUCUGAGGGACGCGAUUCGUACAGGGCGAGUCAGUGCCGCUGGACUCGCCAGGCGAGGAUGGCAACACUGCCUCGCCAUGGCCCUCCCAGUGGCGCUUUUCCGCCUUCCCCGUCCCCCCUCUUCCUUCCCCCUCUUCCCCGCCCUUCUCCCCCCUUCAGAGGGCGUGUCAUUGCCGCUGGACUCGCCAGGCGAGGAUGGCAACACGGCGCAACAGGGCACCAUGGCUCCCCCGCUGCCACCCAGCCCCCCUCCCCCUUCCCCUCUUCCCCCGGCCCCCAUCAGAGGGCGUGUCAGUGGCGCUGGACUCGCCAGGCGAGGAUGGCAACACGGCGCUGCACCUGGCAUGCCUGUACGGGCACACGGCUUGUGUCGAGCUUUUGAGGCACCUGAAUGCUUUUUUCACUCACCCCCCACUCACCCCCCACUCAACCCCCACUCAACCCCCAAUCACCCCCCACUGAUCCCCACUCAUCCCCCACUCAUCCCCCACUCACCCUCCACGCAUCGUCAACAAUCACGCUCUACUUCACCUGCCAUCGAGUCAAACCACCCACUCAAUCGCUCUUUCCUGUUGCUCUCUUCGUUGCCCUCUCUCUCGCCCUACCAGCUGUUGCUUGCUUCCGGAGCUGCGAUCGAGGCUCGGGACGAGGAUGGGGCCAUUCCUCUCCAUGACGCUUGUGCUGGAGGUGCGUGCGUGGGUGGGUUGGUGGAUGGAAGGGUGGGUGGAUGGAAGGGUGGGUGGAUGGGUGGAUGGAAGGGUGGGUGGGUUGGUGGAUGGAAGGGUGGGUGGAUGGAAGGGUGGGUGGAUGGAAGGGUGGAAGGGUGGGUGGAUGGGGGGAUGAAAGGGUGGGUGGAUGGAAGGGUGGGUGGAUGGGUGGAUGGAAGGGUGGGUGGAUGGGUGGAUGGAAGGGUGGGUGGAUGGAAGGGUGGGUGGAUGGGUGGAUGGAAGGGUGGGUGGAUGGGUGGAUGGAAGGGUGGGUGGAUGGAAGGGUGGGUGGAUGGGUGGAUGGAAGGGUGGGUGGAUGGGUGGAUGGAAGGGUGGGUGGAUGGGUGGAUGGAAGGGUGGGUGGAUGGGUGGAUGGAAGGGUGGGUGGAUGGGUGGAUGGAAGGGUGGGUGGAUGGGUGGAUGGAAGGGUGGGUGGAUGGUGGAUGGAAGGGUGGGUGGAUGGGUGGAUGGAAGGGUGGGUGGAUGGGUGGAUGGAAGGGUGGGUGGAUGGGUGGAUGGAAGGGUGGGUGGAUGGGUGGAUGGAAGGGUGGGUGGAUGGGUGGAUGGAAGGGUGGGUGGAUGGGUGGAUGGAAGGGUGGGUGGAUGGGUGGAUGGAAGGGUGGGUGGAUGGGUGGAUGGAAGGGUGGGUGGAUGGGUGGAUGGAAGGGUGGGUGGAUGGAAGGGUGGGUGGAUGGGUGGAUGGAAGGGUGGGUGGAUGGGUGGAUGGAAGGGUGGGUGGAUGGGUGGAUGGAAGGGUGGGUGGAUGGGUGGAUGGAAGGGUGGGUGGAUGGGUGGAUGGAAGGGUGGGUGGAUGGGUGGAUGGAAGGGUGGGUGGAUGGGUGGAUGGAAGGGUGGGUGGAUGGAAGGGUGGGUGGAUGGGUGGAUGGAAGGGUGGGUGGAUGGGUGGAUGGAAGGGUGGGUGGAUGGGUGGAUGGAAGGGUGGGUGGAUGGGUGGAUGGAAGGGUGGGUGGAUGGGUGGAUGGAAGGGUGGGUGGAUGGAAGGGUGGGUGGAUGGGUGGAUGGAAGGGUGGGUGGAUGGGUGGAUGGAAGGGUGGGUGGAUGGGUGGAUGGAAGGGUGGGUGGAUGGGUGGAUGGAAGGGUGGGUGGAUGGGUGGAUGGAAGGGUGGGUGGAUGGAAGGGUGGGUGGAUGGGUGGAUGGAAGGGUGGGUGGAUGGGUGGAUGGAAGGGUGGGUGGAUGGAAGGGUGGGUGGAUGGGUGGAUGGAAGGGUGGGUGGAUGGGUGGAUGGAAGGGUGGGUGGAUGGGUGGAUGGAAGGGUGGGUAGAUGGGUGGAUGGAAGGGUGGGUGGAUGGAAGGGUGGGUGGAUGGGUGGAUGGAAGGGUGGGUGGAUGGGUGGAUGGAAGGGUGGGUGGAUGGAAGGGUGGGUGGAUGGGUGGAUGGAAGGGUGGGUGGAUGGAAGGGUGGGUGGAUGGGUGGAUGGAAGGGUGGGUGGAUGGGUGGAUGGAAGGGUGGGUGGAUGGGUGGAUGGAAGGGUGGGUGGAUGGGUGGAUGGAAGGGUGGGUGGAUGGAAGGGUGGGUGGAUGGGUGGAUGGAAGGGUGGGUGGAUGGGUGGAUGGAAGGGUGGGUGGAUGGGUGGAUGGAAGGGUGGGUGGAUGGAAGGGUGGGUGGAUGGGUGGAUGGAAGGGUGGGUGGAUGGGUGGAUGGAAGGGUGGGUGGAUGGGUGGAUGGAAGGGUGGGUGGAUGGGUGGAUGGAAGGGUGGGUGGAUGGGUGGAUGGAAGGGUGGGUGGAUGGAAGGGUGGGUGGAUGGGUGGAUGGAAGGGUGGGUGGAUGGGUGGAUGGAAGGGUGGGUGGAUGGGUGCGUGGGCGAACAAAUGGCUGGGCGGGACGGUUCGUGGGCGCGUGGGUGUGUGGGUGGGUGGGUUGGUGGACGGGUGUGGGAGGCAGGGUUAAAAGAACUCUUUUCUUUGUGCACGUGCACGGGAAUUCUUUGUUCGAGGGUUCUCAAAAGCGAGCCCAAAUGCCACACGUCCCCCCCACUCGCUCGAAGCUUCCGUCCCCUCGCACGUGGUGGGCAUGCUGCUGCCACACUUGCCACACACACACUUCCAUCCCCGUCCGCCCCGCCCGCCGCGCUUACACCCUACUUCCGCUCCCCCCACCAGGCUUCUCGCACGUGGUGGGCAAAGGGCAUGCUCAUGCCGCUGCUGCCACACACGCCCUGACCUCAUUCCUGCCCCCCUUACCCUCUUCUCCCACUCCCCUUCUGCUCCCCCCACCAGGCUUCUCGCACGUGGUGGGCAAAGGGCAUGCUCAUGCUGCUGAUGCUACACACGCCCUGCCUUGCUUGCCCCUCCCUUCCGCUCCCCCCACCAGGCUUCUCACACGUGGCUUCUUGCACGUGGUGGGCAAAGGGCAUGCUCAUGCUGCUGCUGCUACACACGCACCCUGA